GGUUUCCGGAAGGACAGGUGUCGUUUGGUGUGGCAGGGCCUUGAGCGCUGCCCUGGUCAGUCCGAGUUUCAUUCUGUCCUGUUAUUGUGUCUCUCACCAAGCGCAGGGCCUGGUGUCUGCAGCGCCGGCCAGGUUGAAACUGCAGCGUCAGAGGUCUCCAGAAAUUAGCAGGAAACUGAACAGACAUUGUGAACAUGGAAGAAACUGAUAGGGAAGCUGUAUCGACAGCUGCACAGCGAGUGGCUGGAAUGCUUCAGCGACCUGAUCAGCUGGACAAAGUCGAGCAGUAUCGCAGACGAGAAGCUCGAAAGAAGGCUUCUGUGGAAGCCAGACUAAAGGCAGCUAUUCAGUCUCAGCUGGAUGGAGUACGGACUGGGCUCAGUCAGCUUCACAAUGCUUUGAAUGAUGUUAAGGACAUCCAGCAUUCCUUGGCAGAUGUCAGUAAGGACUGGAGACAAAGCAUUAAUACGAUAGAGAACUUGAAGGAUGUGAAAGAUGCUGUGGUUCAGCAUAGCCAGCUGGCAGCUGCUGUUGAAAACCUGAAGAACAUUUUUUCAGUUCCAGAGAUUGUGCAAGAAGCCUAUGAACUAAUUGAACGCGGAGAAUUGCUUUUAGCCCACCGAAAGCUGAUGGACCUGGAGUGCUCCCGCGAUGAUCUCAUGUAUGAGCAGUAUCGUAUGGAUAGCAAGAAUACACAUGAUAUGAAACUAAUUCAGGCCUAUUUCACUGAGGUGCAGAACCUCUCUGAGCAAAUGGGGAAGCAAAUUUGGAUGUUGGUGCAAAGGUCGUCAGUAACAGUCCGCAGUGAUCCUGCCCAGCUUGUCUCAAUGGUUCGAAUCAUUGAGAGAGAAGAAAAAAUUGAUAAGAGAAUGCUUGACCGGCAGAAGCAGACUGGGUUCAUUCCUCCUGGCAGACCAAAAAAGUGGAAAAACAAAUUGUUUGCAGUUUUAGAACAGACUGUUGCAAAUCGGAUUGAAGCCAGUCAGUCUGAUACACGAGAGUUGGAUAAGAUGUGGCUUGUGCGUCACUUGGAGCUCACACGUAAAUAUGUUCUUGACGACUUGCUAGUUAUGAAGAACUUGAUGGUGCAGUGUUUUCCCCCUCACUACAACAUUUUCAAAAAGCUUCAGAGUUUGUACCACGAGGCACUGGUGGCACGUGUGGAAGAACUUGCUUCUGAGGAUCUAGAGGCAAAUGAAAUUGUUUCACUUCUGACUUGGGUUCUAAAUACGUACAAGAGUGAGGAUAUGAUGGGGCACCCAGAUCUUGCACCAGAAGUAGACGUGAAGUCCCUGGAACCCUUACUUUCAAAUGAUGUGGCCAAUAUGCUUCUCAGCAAAUACAUGACAACCCUCACUUCCAAUAUUAUUGGAUGGCUACGGAAAGCACUUGAAACUGACAAGAAGGAUUGGAAAAAGGAUCAAGAGCCAGAAGCAGAUCAGGAUGGUUACUAUCAAACUACUCUGCCAGCUAUUGUAUUUCAGAUGUUUGAACAAAAUCUACAGGUAGCUGCUCAAAUCAGUGAUGAUCUGAAACUUAAGGUGCUAGCGUUGUGCCUUCAGCAAAUGAAUUCCUUCUUGAGCAGGUACAAGGAAGAGGUGACGUUAUAUAAAGAUGACCAUCUGAAAGAUCGCCAACACCCUCAGUUCUACAUUCAAUAUAUGGUUGCAGUUGUUAACAACUGCCAAACUUUCAAAGAAUCACUCAACAGUUUAAAGAGGAAAUACACAAAGUUUGAGGUAGAGUUGGAAGACCAUUAUCCUAAUCAGCCAACAAUAGAGGGGACUCUGGAUAAUAUUGCCAAAGAUGGGUGUGCCUAUCUGCUAGAUGAAGUGUUCCUUGAUUUGGAGCCUCAUCUUCAGGUGUUGAUGACCAGAAAAUGGCUUGCUGGGUCUAAUGCUGUAGAUAUCAUUUGUGUUACCGUAGAGGAUUAUUUCAAUGACUUUGCUAAAAUUAAAAGACCAUACAGCAAGGACAUAACAAUAGAGGCUCAUAGAAGGGUUGUGGUGGAGUAUAUCAGAACUAUGAUGCAACGAAGAAUCACAUUCAAAGGUGUGGAUGAACGCAGAGAAGGGGCCGAGAGAGUUAUAAAAGAUGCAGAACAAUUUUGGUUCUUGUUUAAGAAGCUUUCAGCUGAUUUUGGAGAAGACACUGAUCUGCUGUGUGAUGCUAUCCCAGCUUUAGCUGAAGUCUUAAAGCUCACUGAUCCAUCUUUAUUAUGCCUUGAGGUCUCUACAUUAGUUAAUAAAUUCCCUGACUUCAGGGAAGAACAUAUCACUGCCCUCCUGGCAAUGAGGGGAGAUGCCAGCAGGGAAAUGAAACAAACAGUCAUCGAAACUUUGUGCCAAAACCAAGCUCAUCCUGGUCCUAAUUUUAAGCCAAUCUUCAAAGAUAUUUCAGCACAAAAUUUAACGUUGGCAAAAUUAGUAAAAUGAAAUGUUCCUAUUUGGAAGUUAAUGUAUACAAUAGGCCUUGCUUUCACAUCAUUUUGGAAGCAUCUGGAAAGUAACUUGGGAGGUUGUACUUUAAGCUUGAGUGUACAUGAAAUAAUUUUAUUUAAAAUAAUCAGUGCAAGUUUCUCUGACAGUGAAUUGUAAAAUGAGUAGACUCUACUAGCUUAAAAAGAUGUGUGUUUGGCAGAGACACUCACUCACUGAGUUUCAGGAUCUGUCAGCUGAUAGUCUGAUAGUCUUCUAACCCUGAAAUCUGGAUCCAAGAGUGUAGAGUUUGCUUCACUACUUUAGCAACUAAGAGUAUUUGGAAACUACUUGGGGCUCAACAGGCAGGGCUUCAUUGCUAUUAGUGAGCUUGUUAAUGAUGCAGUAAAAUAACAGCCUUCGUUGACAAGCAACUUUGUAUGUAUUUUUGCCUUUUGUCAGCAUUUUUGAGAACAAAUAAUGCCAAUUUUGGAAGACAGAAUGAGGAAUGUAUUUUUAUGUAUGCACGUUUGUAUAGGGUUUGAGGUGCAUAUCCGUAAGCAAAACAGAUUGUUUUGCAGAGGGUUUUUAAUUGAUUGUAAUUGUGUUCUGUAAAAUAAGUUUGCAACUGUCCAAUAUGAAAACUCAACAAUAGUUUGACGGACAUUUCAAACGGCAUUUGUGAUGCUUGCUCCUUAAAAGAUCAAAUUUAAACAUGUAUAAAACAAAGCACGAGUGUAAGGGGUACUGUUAAUGGCUCUGCCAUAAUGUGCCAUAAGCUAUUUUGCUUUUGUGCAUCUAAGUUUUAAGAAAUUGUUAUUUUAAUGAAGCAAAUGUAUUACCCUGAUGAAUGAUUAAAUUUAUGGGUAAAUGCCAGACAGGUCUUAUUUUGUAAAACACUUGAUUUGUGUAUUUGGGCAGACAACUUCGCUAUCAUCUUUAUCCAUUUUCUUAAAGAAAGUGUAUCUUGAUUUGCUAUUUGGACCCAACUGAAAAGCAAAACUUAAAAAAUUCCAAUAUUUGUAUUAUUCUAGCUUGAAAUCUAGCAGUAAAGGUUUGGUUACAGUCUCCUCACAUUGGGCUGGGGAAAGGAGUCGUCUGUUCUUUGCCUAAAACAGGUUUGAAAACACUACCAUCAGCUAUUCAAAGUUCCUUAUUUACUUACAUACUAUGUAUUCAGGUUUGCUGUGAUGUUGAGUAAUUUGCCUUUCAGAUAUAAGUUAAUGAGAAGAUACCCCCAUUCACAGCUUCUUAGCCAUUUCUCUUCCUGUCUGACGUGUUAUUCCCCUGAAGGAUAAGUAUCUAACUUUGGCUUGUUGCGUACUGAUAUGUGUAGCCUAGAUUCCAUUUGUAAUAUACAAUUACUUGAUUAUGUGCAUUAUCAUUGAUCAUACAUAAGGUCUUGGUUGUCUACAAUGCAGCAACUUACCUAAGCUGACACUGUAUUUCCAAAAUAUCAGAUGAACAGAUCUUGCUCCUAGACUUCAGCCUACAACAACCAAUUUCCUCACAUGUGCCUUCUGAUUCUGCUGAAUAUUUUGUCUGCCUCUUGUGAAUAUAUAACCACAAUCAUUAAAAAGCCCAAUCCUGUCCUAAAUGACAUUUUCGAAUUGAAUAUGAUGGUUCACUGUGUGACAGCAAUGUCUUUAAGAGCACUUUCUUAGAAUCUCUUCCAAAUAAUUGCAUUUAUGAUUAAUUGGUUAAAGCCUGUCAAUCAUACAAUCAAAUUUUAAAUAUAAAGCUCAUUUUGAAAAAAUAGUUUUGAAUCUCAACAAUACAAAUAGAAUUUUAUUACAAAUGGAAACACACAAACCACACUUCCAUAUAUAUAGUUUUGAUUUUGAUGAAACAGUGCGAUACAGUCAUUUCCAGAUAACACAAAGCAACCAUUUUAAUAAAAUAAGUUAAACUUGAUGAUAGAAUGGAGCUUCGAUGAAAUGAUAGGAAUGCCUUGAUAUCUGAAGUGUAAGGGAGAACAUUUCAGAUAGGGGUACUAAGAGGAGCCAAACAGACUUUCUCUGCCAUAUUCUGCAUUUGACUAAGAAAGAAGGAUAGCAGGAACUGCAAGAAAAAGAUUAAUACUCUAAUUUUUACAUCUCAUAACAGAUAAUGAAGACAUUACAUAUUGAGUUGCAGUUAGAAUAACAAAUUUAUGUAAUAAGGUACUGUGUUGUAGUAUUUUUUGCACCCUAGAUUACAAAUAAAUGGCUCCUAUUUAUCAAUGCUUGCUUCUUCUGCUAUCUUGAUUUCUUGUAAAAUAUUACAAGACUGUGAUAAUAGAAAAAUAAAUCAGAUCUCUAUUAUCUUUAAGGUCUGGAGUGAAACUACAGCAUGUUUAACAUGGGAAAUCU